UGUUGUUAGGUAUUUUUUGUGAUGCAUACCUGUUAUUAACAGAAUAUGUUGACAAUCGGACCUCAAAUUCAGCUAAAACAUUUUUAAAAUUGGAUGGGAUUGUCCUACUGGCCGGUAGCGUCGGUGUGAUGGUGCGUGAGGCCACAGUGCUGCUGCUGGCGGUAGCACUGUGCCGCGCCGCCACCACACUCGACUCCGAGCUGGGCGUCGGGAAGGCCAUCAACAUAUUCAUGAGGUAUGGAUACCUCAGCAUCUGCAUGCGCGUCGUGCCACGUAAUGACACCGAUGGCUGGGUGUUCCGGGAGCCUACGGUUAGCGUGUUUAGAGAUGUGGAGCGUUUCACCCUCGCGCCCGCUCCUCGUCAGCCGAAAACAUUGUUCGAUGGCGACUUCCACAUGGAGUUCUGCGAUAACUUGAAGCAGCUCUUACAGGCGUAUUUUAGAGAUUUUAGUUUUGAAAGGUUGGAGCGACCGUGGCGGGCUUUCACUGCGGGCUGGCCCACUGACAUCAUGGCCCGGAACUUAGGCAUCAACUCUUCAUUCAUCACCGGAGAUCAUUGUUACGUACUCGUCAGGGUAUCCAGGUUCCGUGAGACAGCAAAACUAAGCGAGUUACCAUCGACAAUUGGCGUGGAGGACGUUGUUUACGACGCGAUUCAGGAGUCCCCUAUAGGCGAUACCGUGUCCAUCGCAGACUUCAUCAGGAAGUACGGCUCGCAUUACAUCGCAUCUUACAUCACUGGUAACUCUUUGUAUCAGGUUUUUGUGUUCUCUCGCGGAGUGUACUCGAGGAUAAAGGAGCGCGUCAAGUCGCAAGGUGUCAAAGACAUACCGUCCAGUGAGAUGAACAACUUCUUCUCACCCUUCUUUGCCGAGCACGUGGGCGCGGUCAAGGUGGCGAGUGGUAACAAAACAGUUGAAAGUUGGGCUAUGAAGCGUCUUCGAGUCCACUACUACAUAUUCUCAUACCCCAGUUUGUUGAAACUGCACGGGGAGCCAACAUUGUUAAGAAAUCUUGACACCCUCCUAGGGAACGAAGCACUAUUACAAUUAGAAUUAAAGACAUUAUCACCAGCUUUUAAAGACGUGAAGAAGAAACAGUGGUUUGAAGAAGUGAUAGAUAAUUAUUUAAAACUAUGGGAAAGCAACAUGUGAUACACGAUCAUAUUAUUAAUAGUUUAAUAACCUUUUUGC